UUGUUCCCCAGCCAGCCGGCAGCUGUCACACAGCGGAGGCAGCCAGCAGCCGGUGCAAAGAGUGAGCCUACUCUGUCAUUUAGGAUGACUCACUGGAAUCUGGCAUUAAUUUCUCUUUCUCUGGUAGUGGACGGAGAACAACCAAAAAGCUACACUGGACUAGACCAAGGGGAAGGAGGCAAGACACAUGACAAAAAUCAUAGAGUGAAAUAGCUGGAAGUCCACCCACUGGGAAAGGCUGGAUGGCAGAACCACUGUGCAAUGCUGCUGUAAAGAAAUGCAAAGAAACUAUGCCCCAGACGCCAAUAUUUUCCACCAUGCUUGGUUCCAGUUGUAGUGGACAAGUGCAGCCAGAUAUGGGAGAUAGGUGUGUGGACCCUGUUUAUCAGGAUGGGAACCUUGUUUCUGGAUCGCUGGAGGCCUUGAUAGAGCGCCUGGUGCCCACCAUGGACUAUUAUCCAGAUAGGACUUAUAUCUUCACUUUCCUAUUGAGUUCAAGAGUCUUCAUUCACCCACACGAGCUCCUGGCUAAAGUGGGGCAGAUCUGCAUUAAACAGAAGCAGCAGCUAGAAACGGGGACUGAGGCAGAAAAGGCAAAGCUAAAAUCCUUCGCUGCCAAAAUCAUUCAGCUCCUGAAGGAAUGGACUGAAACUUUCCCCUAUGAUUUCCAAGAUGAAAAAUCCAUGAAAGAGUUGAAGGAGAUUGCUCACAGGAUCACACAAUGUGAUGAGGAAAAUGGAACAGUGAAAAAGAUCAUUAGCCAGAUGACACAGAAUCUCCUGAUGGCCCUCUCUGCACGGAGCCAGUACCAGGAAAUCAGAGAGAAAUUCCGGCAACCUGUUACUGACAAAGGCACCAUCCUCAAAACCAAGCCACAGUCAACUCAGAAGGACAUCCUGAGUGUGUGCUGUGACCCUCUGAUCUUGGCACAGCAGCUGACCUAUAUUGAACUGGAAAGGGUGAGCAACAUUUACCCAGAGGAUCUGAUGCAGAUUGUCAGCCACAUGGACUCCCUGGAUAAUCACAAGUGCCGAGGUGAUGUGACCAAAACAUAUAAUUUGGAGGCCUAUGACAACUGGUUCAAUUGUCUCAGCAUGCUGGUGGCUACAGAGAUUUGUCGGGUUGUAAAGAAAAAGCAGCGUACAAGAAUGGUGGAAUUUUUCAUUGAUGUGGCAAGAGAAUGCUUCAAUAUUGGAAACUUCAACUCAAUGAUGGCUAUUAUCUCUGGCAUGAACUUGAGUCCUGUGGCACGGCUAAAGAAAACUUGGUCCAAGGUCAAAACAGCCAAAUUUGAUGUUUUAGAGCAUCACAUGGAUCCAUCCAGCAACUUUUGUAAUUACCGCACAGCCCUGCAAGGAGCAGCACAGCGAUCCCAGACUGCCAACAGCAAUCGAGAGAAAAUAGUCAUCCCAGUUUUCAACCUGUUUAUUAAAGAUAUCUACUUUCUGCACAAAAUACAUACAAACCGCUUGCCCAAUGGGCAGAUAAACUUCAAGAAAUUCUGGGAAAUUUCAAGACAGAUUCAUGAUUUCCUGACAUGGAAGCAGGUUGAGUGCCCUUUUGAAAAAGACAAGAAGAUCCAGAGCUAUCUACUCACAGCACCCAUUUAUAGUGAAGAAGCUCUGUUCAUUGCAUCCUUUGAAAGUGAAGGUCCAGAAAACCACAUGGAAAAAGACAGCUGGAAAACACUCAGGACAACUCUGCUUAAUAGAGCCUGAGAUUUUUGGAUCUGAUCUGCAGACUUUGAAGCACAUCGAAUGAACAUGUUUUUACAACGUGAAAGACUUGGACUGAGCUAAGAAAGACCUCACUGGCUGAGGUCUGUUUUGUAUAUACAGUAACUUUUAUGAAAUAAAAUGUGGUAAAUAUUUCACAUGUCAACCUUAAGGCACUUAAGUGAAGGGUUUUGGUUUUUUAUUUUAAAUAUAAGGGCAGGGCCCUGUUCUCAGAGAUGAAAUGUAUCAUGGGAGAUGGUAUCCCUGGGGAGAUCUUAUUCUAUCAGCAUCCAAAUUUUUAUUUUUUAUUACUUCCACCAAAAUAAAUAAAAAUGAAAACACACAUCCCAACUUAAGCCAGUGUUCAGGUGAAAUACUCCAUUGGACCAGUAUCUUACAGAACACUCAACAUGUGUCUCUAGCUUUGAAGUGAAGGGUCUCUUUCAAAUCAGUGCUACCAUUCACAUGCGUUAGUGUUUGUAGAGUCAAGGCCUUAGACAUCUGCAGUAAGCAUGUUCCUCUCCUACAUCAGAAAAUAGUGCCUUACAAGGUACUGAUAUCGUUUAGUGUACCUUCUAUUACGCUGGACUGGAAGUAAAGAAAAUAAAAAUAUGGAUGUCUCGAAACCAGCUACAAUGUACUUUUUAAAUAAAAUGGAGAAUAUGGCACAUGAAGUAGAGUAUACCUGCCUGUAACAUUGAUGGUGCAGCAAACAUAUUUUUGUUACAUGAUUUAAAAGAGGUAAGAUGGGGUAACUGCUGGGGGGAUGUGCGUUUGUGUGUGAGUAUGUGUGCGUGCAUGUGUGAAGAUGCACACGUGUCUAAGUUUUAAGAUUUCUGGGAACUAUCCUUUAAAUUCUGGCUGUCAGAAUAGUUUGUGUUUUCCUUUUUAAAAAUCAGGGAUUCUUUUUGUUUUGUUUAAGAGAAGGAUAUCUAACCUAGAUUAUCUCUGCAAAAUAGGCUCAAUAUGUUUUUUUGAAAACAGUUCUUGGAAAAUAAAAAUCAUACAUGAGCUAGGGAGAGGGAAGUAAACUCAGAUGUCCAAUUUGAAAUUAAGGCUAAAAUUUCCAAAGAAGCUUAAGAAGAGUUCAUCACCACUGAACUGGUUAUUUAAUUCCCUUGGUUCCUUUGAAAAUGCUUGUCUGCACUUAGAAACAAUUAAAGCAAAGACCAACUUAUGAUAUAAGCUUUUUCAAAUAUUUUGCAAGCCAUGAUUAACUGUGGGCCAGAACCCAUUGAAAUAUAAGGGAAAAACACUGUAAGAAAUUGGUCAAACUUCUGAACUCAGGUCAGUAUCAAAAUUAGAACUGAUCUGUAAACCUGCUAAUGCUUACCAUUUCUAAUUUCUCCUUUUAGUCUUGAGUUUAGACCUAAUCUGGCUAUCCAAGUGAGCACCUGAGGAGCUUACGUUAAGAUUCAAGGUAUUCAUUUCUAGGAAAAAAAUAUACAGUUCAGGACUUGCUUUCUCACCCGAUCUCUGAAUUAAGAAAAAAACCAAAAGGCUCAGAUUAAAAUCUGUUUUGUCUAAUGAACAAAUUAUUACCCAUGAAUAUCUACUGUCCUUUCCAGUAAUUGUUCUUUUAAGGCUUAAGGCCUGGAUAUUCGUAAAGAUGAUGACUUCAGCCAGACAAUUAGAUAUUUUUUUGUUUUUUUAAACAAGGCCCUCUAGAGUUUACAGUGAUUACAGCCUCCCUCACAGAGCCUCACAGAGGACUUCUGCACAAGCUUCUUCAAAAAUUAUCACCUCCAAGUAGAUGAGUUUUAUCUUACUCUGCCUUCUGUUGAAGAAGGGGCAAGACUUGCUGGACCCAGGGUCUGGUUUAUUCCAGUCCAGUAGACUCUUCUUGCUGAGUGCCUACAACCAAGAGCAGUGCCACUGUUUCAUGUAGCAUCUGCAAUCACUUCGUAGAAAUUUUUUGCCGUAUUGGCCCUGUAGUACAGUGAAAAAUUAAAGAGCCUUCCCUCUCUCCCUGUUCCACUCCCCCCUUGACAAAUACUUAAAAUUAGAAGAGUAGGUUGGGGUAAGGAAGGGAGAUAAAUCAACAUUUUGCUAUUCUCAUAGCAUUGACAUCAAAGAGAAACAAAACCAAGUCAUGCCACGAAGAAAGAAGUAGUAGAAUACUGUUAACAGUAACAGCCCAGAAAAGGGGAAGGGAUAAUUCUUAUGAUCUGCUGCUAUUUUUCCUGUGCUGAAGUACUGACCUUCAGCCCUGGAUUAGAGUAAGAAUAUUUAUACUGUAUUAUUACAGUGUUUUGCACUUUCAGAGAUGUUCUAGCUAGUAACAUUGUCAGACACUAUAAGAGGGAUUGUAUAUCAGCUUUGUUUAUGUAAUUGAAAUUCAAAAGGGAUGCUUAAAAUUUAAGAAAAAAAUAUAUAUUUGAAAUGCAAUUUUAAAACACUUUCUGUAAAUGUAUAAAAAAAGCUUUCACAUGAAUGUGCACUUCACUGGUCAAUCAGUCCUAGUAUAUACUUGAAAUCAAUGCAGUAUCCACAUCGGUUCCUUUUUAUUUUUCCUCCCUCAGUUUGAUACGUUCCUUAAAUACUGUGUUUUGCUAUUCUGAGCUGAAAUGCUAAAUAUAAAGCUGUACCAUAAAGCAGGAUAUUCCGUGUUUGACUGGAUGUGCUUGCAUUAAUAAAAAAAACUUGCUUCAACCAGG